AAACGGCCUUUUAAGAUGCAGUUUCACGUGCUUCCGGUUUAUCGAUCGAACCGGUAAGAACGUGGUAGUUUGUACUUAACAAACGGGAGCAAAGUGGUUUUUGAUUUUGCUAUUAUUACAUUAAAGAAACACUUAAUAUUUUACUGUAAAUAUGAAUUCGCUUACAUCCGAAUCCCUAACUGAUAAAGAAAAGAGUGAUCUGAUGCAACAAAUUAAACAAGAAGUUGCAGUUGCAAAUGCACAAGAAAUGCUUUCGAAAAUGUCAGAGAAAUGCUUUAAAAAAUGCGUGAUUAGGCCCGGUACUUCUCUGGAUAAUACCGAACAGAAAUGUGUAGCAAUGUGUAUGGAUCGAUAUAUUGAUGCAUUUCAUCUUGUAUCAAAAACGUACAGUGCUCGAAUACAGAGAGAGCAUGACAGAAUGUAACAGUACAAAUUGUUAAAUAAAUUGUUUCUGGUUGUA